AUGUCAGUAAAUUCUCUUCCUACUCGUAUACAAAAUGAUGAAAUAGUACCAAUUCCACUUGAACGUGAAAGCUAUUUUUAUCGUCAUUCCACAGUUAAAUUCACUUUCGAAUUAAAAAAUGUUGAUAAUAUCAUUAUCAAACAUUCUGCUUGCGGAAUGCUUUUUUUGUCAGACAAACGGUUAAUGUUCAUCUCCGAUGAUUUGAAUGAAAAAUUUCAAACUUUUCAUAUUAAAUUGGCAGAUAUUGUAUCAUCCGUGAGAUCCGCAAGCAUAAACUUCUUCAGAAAUAACAAUAAUGUUUUUUCUGUGACUAAUAAAUUGAGAAACGGCGCUGUUGUAAACAUGGCUAUUGAAUACGAUCCUGAAGACCAAGAAGACAAGAGAAUCUUUGAAGAUUAUUAUGGAAUGCUGAUCACUUGGACUUCUAAAAUACCUCCAGUAACUGCCAAAAAUAAAUAUUUUAGUUUCAAGAAACAGACACCUGAUCAAUUCGAACAAUAUGAACCUCCUCCUCCUCCAUAUUCAACUUAA